AUGGCGAUGCGACGCGAGGGCUCAACGACCGAGUUCGAGCCCCGGGACCCGCGUGAGAAAGCCGAAAAGUACCUCAAAGCCAACAAGAUCCACGAGAUUCUUCAGGAGAUCUGCACCAACAUGAUGUACAUUCGCCCGACCAACCCGCGUGAGUUUAUGGUGCAGCAGCUCAACCUUAUUCGCCAUGCCCGCGAGAACCGGACGGCCAUGACGUUCUUUACCGAGACGGACUUGGCGACAAUGUUUUCCAUGUUUGACACGACUAGCCAGGGCACAAUUAGCCUUGUGCAGUACGACCAAGCCUUGCUCAACCUCGGCAUCGAUCGCCCGACGUUGCGCCUUCCUGAGUCGAUCAACCGCGUUGAUAAGACCUUGUUUGUGCGCAGCAUGCUCCAGGAACUCAAAAACAAUUCGUGCGUGUAG